AUGUUGUUGGCCUUAACCUGGGGAUCACUGGGGCGCCACUACAUCGCCAUGUUUGAGUCCACCCAGAACGUGAUGCUGAAGCCCACAGAGACCUGGAGAGAAGCCCUGCUCGACACCCGCGUCAUGGACCUCUUCUUCACCGUGAGUAUUUCUCCCCUCAUCUCUCUAUGUAGCUAGAAUACCCUUCUGUCCUGCUGACCGUUCCUUGACCGUUGUCUCCUCUUGAGGUUCUUACCACAGAGUGGGAGAGGGAGGGUUUGAACUGUGUAUUAUGAGGCAUGUGAAACAAGUGACAUAUUUUAUAGUGAAGCAUUUAUUACAAAUGAUCUUGAUAUUGCAAUGUAGUAUUUUUCCUAGGUGACGUGUAGAUAUGGCAGUGAAACGUGUGUUUUUAUAAAGUGUUGUGUGUGUAGUAAAUGAAGCUGCCCGUUCUGGUUUAGUGGUGUGAGCGAGAUUAAGUGUGGAACAAAUCCGUCAGCUCUCCCUCAACAUCCAGGCUCUCUGUGUGCCUCUGCCAAAUACUGCGCCACUCUCCCCUGUGUGCGUUUUCAAGUCCCAGUCUCCUGCCAUAUACUGCUCCCUUCUCCUCCAGGCCAUAUCACAUCACUGGAGGCUUCUCUCUAUUCUGCAUCGCUCAAUUUCUACAACUGGCAUGAGAUGUAAUGUUGUUGGAUGAGUGAGGUUGAGAAGCCCAAAGAUGUUUUGAGCUGUUUGAAACCAUUAUAUAUAUAUAUAUAUAUAUAUAUAUAUAUAUAUAUAUAUAUAUAUAUAUAUAUAUAUAUAUAUGUGUAUAUGUGUGUGUAUAUAUAUAUAUGUGUGUGUAUAUAUAUAUGUAUAUAUGUAUGUAUGUAUGUAUGUAUGUAUGUAUGUAUGUAUAUAUAUAUAUAUAUAUGUAUAUAUAUAUAUGUGUGUAUGUAUGUAUGUAUAUAUAUAUAUAUAUAUAUAUAUAUAUAUAUAUAGAUAUUAUAUAUUGUUUUGGAUGUGUGUAAACCCCUCUCCUUUCAUUGAGUGGUUUGGGACCAGAACAUCUCUAUUGUAUUGCAUCUGACCACUGAUCAGUCUGAGUUCUGCUGUCUCUUACCUCCACGCUGUGAUAUUUAUGGUGGGUGGGGUGCUUCUUAUUGUACGAGUGCUGUCUGUGUGUGUGUGCAACUGUUUGUUGUGUGUGUGUGUUUUGGGGUGAUCAGCUGCUGCUCCUCAAUCCUCAGCUGUGAGGGUGACGGCCCAGGGAGGGGGCUGUCCAGGCACGCGCUUCCAGGGUCAGAGUUCAAAGAGAGCGAUGGCAGGAAUACACCCUUACCCUGGGAUUAGGGGGCCCCGUUAACAGUACCCCCCACCUCGCACACCCUCUUAAGGACCCUGAAGGGGGUUCAUCUCCCUCCUCUGUGGGUGUCAAUCUUCCUUUAAACAACUAUACUUUGGAGGCAAAGUGGUCUAAGGAGAGUUGGAGAGGGGCAGAAGUUGCGAAAGAAGUCUCCCUCCAAGUACAUAUAUCCACUCUCCUUUACAUUACGAAGUUGAAGCUUCAAGUUCAGUGACUGAAGGAAACAGAUCUGAAAGAAAUAACAAAUGUUAGAGGUAGACUGUGAGAAUAGUGUUCUCAGUUCCACUCUGAGACAGUGGUCUAGGCCAGGGAGGAUAUCUUGGCUAGGGGCAGAAGAUCAGGGAACUAUGCCACUCUGUUCUUUUGACACCUAGCGAAAUGAGUGAUAAGAUAACAUUUUCCCUACCAGCUGUAAUUUCGCCUUCGGCUGUUUUUGUUUGUGGUUUACUUUGGUUUUGGCUUGUAUUGGGUUUGGACUGAUGAGAGGGUGGCUUUAAUUUGUGAUUCUGUGUGUCUCUGUGUGUACUGCCACUCUUGCCCAGGGAUGCGUCUGCUUUAAGUCAGAACGUCAGUGUCUAGUACACACUCUCACACUAGAGCUCUGUUUGCCCAGUAAACACCAUCAGGGCUGCGUCUGGAGCGCUGGACCUAUGCUGUUGUGACGAUGGCUGAUUCCACUCCGGGCGGCAGUAACUGGAUCUGAAUGAACGAGAGAGCGAGAAGGAGAGAGACAAUCCAACGGAAGCGCUCAGUUGAUUGAAAAAACCCAGAAAGGCCUCCAAUCCCCUGAGGAAACAGACACCAGGCUUUGUCUCCUGCUAUAAAUAGGAGACUCAUUCUCUUUCUCAUUCUCACUCCGCAGAGGAGUGCCCAGUCUUGUUUUGAUUUACCCUCUACCCCCUGCCUAUCUUUAACUAUAGUCGGACUCAAGGCGAUUGGCAUAGCUAGCGUUGUGCGGAUGUUCGUUGAUGCAGCUGUUUUUAGAGCCCGUGCGGCGUACAAUCUUUGGCCUUGCACUCGCUUUCUCUCCUUCUCCUCCCUCCCUCUCUCCUCCCCUUCACUCCUCUCCUCCAGAGAAUGACUUCACACUCUGAAGAGGGCAGCAGCAGCACUACCCAGCACCAGCAGCAGUGAGGUCUCUCGGCUGCGCUUCGCUACUUUAGCCUCAGAGCCCUCGGAUCACCGUGGCUGACAACCAGCCACUACAGCUGGAGAAGAGAAGGAAAGAGAGGUUGAGAGAGGGGGUCUCUCAGAGGAAGAAGGGAGAGUGGUGGGGAGAGAGUUCUGGAGCUGUUGGGUGGCAUGCAAACGGUUGCAUUGGACUUGUGGGGCUAGCACUGGGUUUUUUUCAGGGACAAUAACAGUAAAAGAAACAGAGAAAAAGCAGACCGAGAGAAUAGACAGUUCUGAGCGUUCAGAGCCAGGCGUCCACAUUGCGCUGCUUGUCAGUGAAAACACAUGUUGCUCCACAGUAGAGCUGAAGCCUGCUCACCGCUCGGUGUCUACGCAGCCGAUUCACCAUGCAACCUCUUUGACAGAGAAUGACAAGUCGACUCUGACUACCAAUCUGUUUCUGAGAAGAUCCACUCCGGGUUUGAUUGAGACUGCCUCUGAGAGAUUCAGACGGGCUCUGUUAUUGAUUAGGAUUGUUUGUGGUGACAUCCAGGGUUACUGUGUCUGGGUUCGGUGACUGGCGCUUUGAGCAUUGAUUCUCUGUUCUUAUCACUUCAAAAGACGGUGAGUCUGUCACUUCAAUUCGUCCUAAAAUUCUGUCUGUAUUGUUCUGGUCAUCAGUGACAGUCCUCAGACCCCAGUGUGAUUUGACUCCCAAGUAGCUGUGAAAAGUGUCAGGGUUAACGUGAACUGAAUGGAAACCGAGAGCCGUGACUGUCCGUUGUGUCUUGGUCAGGUGUUUUGGGGCAUGAUUGGCCCUGGUCAGGUUUGUGUGUGGCUUUGUCGGAGAUGCACAAUACAUUUUACAAGGUCGUGGUCAAUAUUUCAACCCAGUUUCUGCUAAUUUUACCUUCAUGGUCUCACAACCACCAUCAUUAUCGUCAUCAUCAUCAGGAAAAACUCUUCUGUGUCCUUAGAAACUCACAUCAGCACGUUUCUGAGGACACCGCUGUAUGUCAUCACCUCUGCCUUGCUCAAAAACAACAACUAUUCAACACAACCCUCUUCUCCCCUCCUCUCUGCUCGUCUCCUCAGGUGCACAGAAAGAUCCGUGAGGACUCGGACAUGGCCCAGGACUCCCUACAGUGUCUGGCUCAGCUGGCCUCCAUGCACGGCCCCAUCUUCCCUGAUGAGAGCGCCCAGGUCUCCUACCUGGCCCACCUGGUGGAGGGGCUCCUCGGCAUGAUUAAUGGGUGAGUCUGUCAGGACCUUAGACUAACUCUGGUUGGUUUCAAUAGACCCAAUCCAGGGCUAGAAACACUGCUGCUCUAAAUUAGUUUGAAACUUGGGCAGUUGUUUUAAGAUGACACAUGUAGAUUCAUCUGUACUGCAUGUUGAUCAUUGUGGGCUGUGUGUGUGAUUGUAAGUGAUUAUUUGGACUGGAGGCUGGUAGAGUAAUGAGUAAUGUGAUUUUGUAUGUAAUCGACUCGUCUGUCCUCUCAGUUAAAGUAGUUAUUAUGUGAAUCAAGAGGACUCUGCUCUAAUGUAUAAAUAAAACACACAUACACACGUGUGCUCGGUACUCGUAACUUGCUAGGCGGAGUGAGUUAGUAUCUCCUAUAUCUCGAGAGAGAGAGAGAGAGAGAAGAGAGAGAGAGAGAGAGAGCAUGAGCGAGAGCGAGAGAGAGAGAGAGGAGUAGAGAGCGAGCGAUGAGACGCUAUAGAGCGGAGAGAGCGAGAGAGAGUCAGCUAGCUAGAUCGAGCUCUCUCUUAUGGCCUAUAUUAUCUCGCUAUCUCUAUGCUCUCUUCUCUCUCUCAUCUCUCUCUCUCUCUCUCUCUCUCUCUCUCUCUCUCUCUCUCUCUCUCUCUCUCUCUUCGUAAUCACCUAUUCCUGGAGCUUUUUUCCAGUUGCAUCAUCGGAAAAGCAUGCGGGCAGGAUGGCCAAUCUGCAGUGAUUGAACAGCUCUGCUUGCAAUUUAAAUCCAUCUGAUGGGGGUUAGCGAGCCGCGCAGUAGGCUAGCUACAGCAGGCAGGCCUCCAGACAGUGCUCUAACUGGGGCUGUGGAAACAUGGCCCUACCCCAAGGCAACAGGUACUGCUCAGUGCUCACACACUGGGCAGCGGAGCACAGCGUCUGGUUUAGUACCAUACCUGGUUCAAAUACAUUUGUGAAAUACUUUCCAAAACUCUGAUGUUCCAUAUUUGUCUGAUUUUUUUUUUUUAAUCAAAUUGGCCAACAUUCCUAGUUUUAAGGUUGUGUUUUGUUUGUGUCCCAGGAUAGAGAUUGAGGACUCUGAGGCAGUGGGCAUCUCUAACAUCAUCUCCAACCUGAUCAGCACGUUCCCCCGUGCCAUCCUGACCGCCCUGCCCAGCGAGCUCUUCACUUCCUUCAUCAACUGUCUCACCCUCCUCACCUGCUCCUUCGGACGCAGCGCCGCCCUGGAGGAAGUGGUCAGCAUUACACCUCAAACCUUGCAGGAACAAUACACUUCAAGCCUUACUGCAGGAACAUAGUUGAUCCAUGGGAAAAAUGUUUUACGUAUUGUUGCAUUGAAAACGCACAUUCAAUGAGUCUCUCCCCCCUCCCGCCCAGCUGGAUAAGGAUGACAUGAUAUACAUGGAGGCGUAUGACAAGCUGUUAGAGUCAUGGCUGACCCUGGUUCAGGACGAUGAACAUUUCCCCCGCGGCUGCUUCGUCCAACCCUCCGUUCAGGUCUUCAACUCCUACAUCCAGUGUCACCUGGCCGCCCCCGACGGCACCCGCAACCUGGUGAGAGACACACACGCACACACACACACACACACCUGUCAACCUAGACUCAAAUAAUCAGUCAGUUGUUGUUAUGGUUAAUUGAUAUGUUAAUGCUUUUAAACAGUCAAUCCACUAUGAUCCAUGUCCUCUCACUCCUUUGUCAAACAUUCCCUCACUCACUCUUUCUGUUUUUCUUUGUUUUUCUUUCUUUCUUCCCUUUUAUCCUCUCCUCUCCAGACAGCAAACGGUGUGGCAUCUCAUGAGGAGGAUGAGAUUAAUGAGUUACAGGAGGACGACAGAGAGCUGUUCUCAGACCAGCUGGCCAGCAUCGGCAUGUUAGGACGCAUCGCAGCCAACCACUGUAUCCCCCUUCUGACCAGGUACAUACACACAAUUGCUUUUACAUUUUAAGUCAUUUAGCAGACGCUCUUAUCCAGAGCGACUUACAUACAUUAUUUUUUUCAUAUAUAUUUUUUUCAUACUGGGCCCCCGUGGGAAUUGAACCCACAACCCUGGCGUUGCAAGCGCCAUGCUCUACUAACUGAGCUAUCCCCUAGCUCUGUAACUGAGUUUCAUGAUUCUGACCUGUGUGUGUGGUUGGGCAGUCUGUUGGAGGACCGUGUGACGCGGCUCCACGGCCAGCUCCAGAGGACCCAGCAGCACCUCAUGAACUCGUCUAACCCCGGAUCAGUGGACCGCAAGGUCCUGGACGACCUCUACGAAGACAUCCACUGGCUCAUACUGGUCUCAGGUCAGUGGAUAACUAUAAGGGAUGAUUCCCAACAUAAAUAAGGCUAGUGCCUUAUUAAUGUUGGGAAUCGCCCCAUGUUGGAUACAUGACUCAAUUCCAUCCGUGGUCCCUUGUUGUUUAUUAUGUAACUAUCCUUUUAGCAUUCAGUCGGUUAUGUUCCGUUAGAAUACAAUGAAACCUCUAACUGCACUCUGGGGGGCAAAGACUAUGUCCUUAGAUCUCCUUAGUUGUUUUUAGGGACUAAAUUUAGGCUGGGAGGCAGGCUGCGCUGGUGUAUUGGUGCAUGGCAGGAAUGUUGGUUCGGGAAGGGCCAGGCCACCAGUUGUACUACUGCUGCUGUUUAGUACAUUUUAGCAUUCCCAGUGGCUACAUAAUUCCCCUUUGAUGCCUAACUUCAUACACCCCUAGUUGGUUCUCUCUCUUAGUGUGCUCAGAGUUUUCUAGGGGAUCCUAGCAGUGCUUUGCAUAACACUGGUAAAGAAUGGCAUUGGUUGCAAUGUAUUAGUGGAAAGCUCCACUGCAGGAGUUUUUCUGUGUUUGAAAAUGUUGUCUUCUAAAGGUACCUCCUUAAUGGAUUGUUUCUGGCUAGUGCUAGUCCUAGUUGUCAGAGUGUAGUUGUGUGUGUGUGUUCCAGGCUACCUCCUGGCAGAUGACCCUCAGGGUGAGACUCCUCUUAUCCCAGCGGAGGUGAUGGAGUAUUCUAUCAACCACUCUACUGAGGUGGACAUCAACACCACCCUGCAGAUACUGGGAUCCCCCGGGGAGAAGGCCUCCUCUAUCCCAGGGUGCAACAGGACAGACUCUGUCAUCAGGUAAGGGAGGGACUAUGAUUGGUCAAAAGGCUGUGUACAGUACAGGCUGAAUGUCUGCUGAUUUGCUAUUUUGUCUGGCACUUAAUUGCAAACACCUGGAUUCCCACAUCUAAAUUAGAUAUGGUUUCAAAGAAAGAACUAAAAGUAACAGAUACUCAGGCUUCUGUCAGUGGACCAGAGUUUCCUGACAGGCUCCUGUCAGUGGACCAGAGUUUCCUGACAGGCUUCUGUCAGUGGACCAGAGUUUCCUGACAGGCUUCUGUCAGUGGACCAGAGUUUCCUGACAGGCUUCUGUCAGUGGACCAGAGUUUCCUGACAGGCUUCUGUCAGUGGACCAGAGUUUCCUGACAGGCUUCUGUCAGUGGACCAGAGUUUCCUGACAGGCUUCUGUCAGUGGACCAGAGUUUCCUGACAGGCUUCUGUCAGUGGACCAGAGUUUCCUGACAGGCUUCUGUCAGUGGACCAGAGUUGCCUGACAGGCUUCUGUCAGUGGACCAGAGUUGCCUGACAGGCUUCUGUCAGUGGACCAGAGUUGCCCGUCGCUGCUAUAUCUGAAAUUAGUGCUGAGUGAUUAGUGCUUUUUGAGGUCGGUUCGAUUAUAAAAAUAAUAUAUUCUUUUUUUUUAACAUUAAAUGCACUCACUAUGCAUUAUGUGGGUUGAAUGCUGUAACAACGCAAUAAUAAAACAAUUAAUAAAAGUCCCAUGAUGGUAGUCUGAUUAUCACUUAUUAAACAUAUUGUUUUCACAUUACUUUACUUUAAUGAAAUAUUUCAGAUGUUGUGUAUUACAUUAGUUUUAUUUGAUUACUUUAUUAUUUCAUUCCAAGUCAUCUCAUCUCUAUAGAGCUGCUGCCUAUGCUGUCUGACAAAUUCACUAUUGUAGUAGUUCUUCAACGUAAAUAAGGCAUAUUUUUAUGACUGCUGAAUUCCAACUACCAAUCACUUAGAUCAUGUAUUUUUAGGUAGAGCUACCUCACGAAGCAACUGCUCUCUAUCCCUCUCGAUCACACCAUUCUUCUGUCUCUUACGUAGCAGGUGUAAAAGAAACACAGACCGGACAAGUAGGCGCACAAUGGAUUAUGGUCAUUGUUGUUAAUUACCACAUUUUCUGCUCUAAACUAUGUAGAAUAUUGGCAUGUUGGAAACUACAACUCCCUACUACAUCACACAGUUCGGGCUUGAUCUGAUGUAUCUCCUGAGAAACUGCGCAAUGUGCGCAUUGAGCCCACAGAAGAAGAAAAAUUCAAAUAAUUGAACCAACAUCGGUCAAUUAGUUGUUUCAAAACCAAAAAAUAUCAGAAAUGUCGGUUAAUCGCUCAGCACUAUCUGAAAUGCACUGUCUCAGUCACUGAUCUAAUGGACAGUGUCGCCUCUGUCAGUCACUGAUCUAAUGGACAGGUUGGACAGUCUCUCCUCACUGUCUACAGCAGCUGUGCUUUAAGCUGUGGACUUGUUCACUAAGCCCUGGUUGUAGAGCUCUGUCACGUUCACACCAGUGCUCUGUCUGUCUGGAGUGUGUCUCAUAAAACCCUCUGCCCCGUGGCAUGGCAUGGCGGCAGCCUUCCCCUUAGAUUAUUUUCCAGGCAGGGCACAACGGCCCACAUAGCACUACACAGGCCAUCUGGCAUGGAAACUGUCCAAAGAAACCAACAGAAGCCUAACUUUUUUAGGGGGCAACAGAUCUAGGUAGGGUGUCCUCGCCCCUACAGUAUGGUAGGGAAACAUUAGGUACAGUGCGGGGCCAAUGUUCAACCCUUGUGUGUGUUUGAUCACCCUGGUGCCCGAGGAUGCGGGUGUGGCUCCCUGGGGGUGUGGUGCCAGCGCCGCAGAGGGGGAAUGUCCUGGCACAGACCCAGCCAUGCCAGCUGCUAACAUACACAGGCCGUCGAAGACACACACACACACAGGCCCUUGUAUACACUCACAUGAUGGCGUAGCGGCCUAGCCAGCCUUAGAGCAGCCCCCGGCGCCAGCCCUCCCAGCCCCGGACCAGACCACCACUCCCCAACAUGUUAUUCAAUUAGGGCAGGGGCAGGUGCUGCUAAGACCAGGAGCGGGCUGGGGUCGUGUGUGUGCGUGUCUGCACACGUGUGUGUGGGGUCGGGGGGGGUACAUGCAAUCAUAUAGGGAAUUUUGGAGGUGGGGGGUCGUGGAAAGGGGCUCUGGAUUGUUCUCUGUGGGGACGAGGAGGCACAGGGUCAGAGGAUUGGAAAGACAAGAGGCCGGCAUCAGGUUUCCUAAUAACACUGUGCGACCCCGGCUCUGUUAAUGUCAAUGGGCUUUUGUUUUUGCAAACAAUGUGAAACAGUGCACUGUGGUGCUGCGUGGGCAUGUACUGAGGGCCAUCUCUCACAUACAGAACACUAAGAUGCACUAAGCCCUAUAUCUCUCUGGCCUUUAGCAGAGAUGUGUGUGCGUGUGUCAACGUGGUCAUUUGUUGUCUGAGUAACUGAUAUAAACAGACACUGAAUCCCCGCCUCUUUCUUUUGUUCUUCCCCUCCUCUUGCUCAUCCUGGCCUUGGCUUCUUAUUACAAUAUAUUCCCCUCUCACUUCCCUCGUUAUCACGCUCUCUUCUCUUCCUCUCUUUAUCUCUCUAUCUCUAUCCGUCUCUCUCUGUCCAUCUCCCUCUUUUUCCAUUUCUUUCUCUCUUUUACCUUUCACUUCUUUAUCCCUCCUUCCCUCCCAUCCUCUCUCUGUCAGGUUGUUGUCAGCGGUGUUGAGGACGUCAGAGGUUGAGUCGAGGGCUACCAGGGCCAGUCUGACAGAACUGCUCAGCCCUCAGAUGGGGAAGGACAUUGUGUGGUUCCUCAGACGCUGGGCCAAGACUUACCUACUGGUGGACGAGAAACUCUACGAACAGGUACAACUAACACCAGACACCUCAAACAAAAUAUAAUUAUUGUAAUUGAUGGACUGUGUCCAUAAAAUGUAUAUAGUAUAUACAGUGAGGGGGAAAAAGUAUUUGAUCCCCUGCUGAUUUUGUACGUUUGCCCACUGACAAAGAAAUGAUCAGUCUAUAAUUUUAAUGGUAGGUUUAUUUGAACAGUGAGAGACAGAGUAAAAACAAAAAAAUCCAGAAAAACGCAUGUUAAAAAUGUUAUACAUUGAUUUGCAUUUUAAUGAGGGAAAUACGUAUUUGACCCCCUCUCAAUCAGAAAGAUUUCUGGCUCCCAGGUGUCUUUUAUACAGGUAACAAGCUGAGAUUAGGAGCACUCCCUUUAAGAGUGUGCUCCUAUUCUCAGUUUGUUACCUGUAUAAAAGACACCUGUCCACAGAAGCAAUCAAUCAAUCAGAUUCCAAACUCUCCACCAUGGCCAAGACCAAAGAGCUCUCCAAGGAUGUCAGGGACAAGAUUGUAGACCUACACAAAGCUGGAAUGGGCUACAAGACCAUCGCCAAGCAGCUUGGUGAGAAGGUGACAACAGUUGGUGCGAUUAUUUGCAAAUGGAAGAAACACAAAAGAACUGUCAAUCUCCCUCGGCCUGGGGCUCCAUGCAAGAUCUCACCUCGUGGAGUUGCAAUGAUCAUGAGAACGGUGAGGAAUCAGCCCAGAACUACACAAGAGGAUCUUGUCAAUGAUCUCAAGGCAGCUGGGACCAUAGUCACCAAGAAAACAAUUGGUAACACACUACGCCGUGAAGGACUGAAAUCCUGCAGCGCCCGCAAGGUCCCCAUGCUCAAGAGAGCACAUAUACAGGCCCGUCUGAAGUUUGCCGAUGAACAUCUGAAUGAUUCAGAGGAGAACUGGGUGAAAGUGUUGUGGUCAGAUGAGACCAAAAUCGAGCUCUUUGGCAUCAACUCAACUCGUCGUGUUUGGAGGAGGAGGAAUGCUGGAAUGCUGCCUAUGACCCCAAGAACACCAUCCCCACCAUCAAACAUGGAGGUGGAAACAUGAUGCUUUGGGGGUGUUUUUCUGCUAAGGGGACAGGACAACUUCACUGCAUCAAAGGGACGAUGGACGGGGCCCAUGUACCAUCAAAUCUUGGGUGAGAACCUCCUUCCCUCAGCCAGGGCAUUGAAAAUGGGUCAUGGAUGGGUAUUCCAGCAUGACAAUGACCCAAAACACAUGGCCAAGGCAACAAAGGAGUGGCUCAAGAGGAAGCACAUUAAGGUCCUGGAGUGGCCUAGCCAGUCUCCAGACCUUAAUUCCAUAGAAAAUCUGUGGAGGGAGCUGAAGGUUCGAGUUGCCAAACGUCAGCCUCGAAACCUUAAUGACUUGGAGAAGAUCUGCAAAGAGGAGUGGGACAAAAUCCCUCCUGAGAUGUGUGCAAACCUGGUGGCCAACUACAAGAAUCGUCUGACCUCUGUGAUUGCCAACAAGGGUUUUGCCACCAAGUACUAAGUAAUGUUUUUCAGAGGGGUCAAAUACUUAUUUCCCUAAUUAAAAUGCUAAUCAAUUUAUAACAUUUUUUACAUGCGUUUUUCUGGAUUUUUUUGUUGUUAUUCUGUCUCUUACAGUUCAAAUAAACCUACCAUUAAAAUUAUAGACUGAUAAUAAUAAUAUAAUAAUAUGCCAUUUAGCAGACGCUUUUAUCCAAAGCGACAUACAGUCAUGUGUGCAUACAUUUUUACGUAUGGGUGGUCCCGGGGAUCGAACCCACUACCCUGGCGUUACAAGCGCCAUGCUCUACCAAUUGAGCUACAGAGGACCAAUGUCAUUGUCAGUGGGCAAACGUACAAAAUCAGCAGGGGAUCAAAUACUUUUUUCCCUCACUGUAUAAGCUAGAAGUAGAGGCCUAAGCGUUGUUGUUCACUAGUUUACUCCUAUUAGGGGAGGGGUGGUGGGGUUGGAAUGUAAUAAAGGGAAAUAUAAGUGCGAGAGAAAUAUAUAUAUAUAUAUUUGCGAGGAAUAUAUAUAUAUAUAUUUGCGAGGAAAAAUAUAUAUAUAUAUGGGGGAUUGGAAGUGAUGCAGACAAUUACAUUGAUGGAAGUUAAAAUCUAUCUGCAAUAUUAAAUCUGAUCGACCCCCUAAAAAAACACACAAAAAACACAGAUUACUUCAUAAAUAGUCUUUGUGACAGUCACUGAACCCUAAUGGACAAUUGAGGUGGUGAAAAUGCUAGGGAUUAUCUUCCAUCACUAUCACGUUUACACUACCAGUGCUCUGUCGCUUGACACCAGUGUGUCUUGUAGAAGCUGGUUCCCUGUGGAUCAUGGCAUUGUGAGGAAGAGUGCAGUAUACCACUGGACUGGACAAUGGCUAUUUAUGACAUCUGAUCUGUUAAAGUGUUGCAGUGAUUUUAAUCUAUCCCGCCACCAUUUCACACCUCUCUUUCUCGCUCUUUUCAUUCCUCCUUUAGAUCAGUAUCCCCCUGAGCAUGGCAUUCGGGGUGGACACGGAGGGGGCCCAGUGGAUUGUGGGAUACCUGCUGGAGAAGGUGAUCAACAACCUGUCGGUGUGGAGCUCUGAACCUGAACUGGCCAAUGACACGGUGGAGCUACUGGUCUGUCUGGUGGAGAAGAGGGAGAGGUGAGACACUGACUGGCUGGCUGACUGGCUGACUGACUGACUGGCUGGCUGACUGGCUGACUGACUGACUGGCUGACUGACUGACUGACUGGCUGACUGGCUGGCUGACUGACUGGCUGACUGACUGGCUGACUGAUCAGGAAGAGCUACUGGUCUGUCUGGUGGAGAAGAGGGAGAGGUGAGACACUGGCUGGCUGACUGGCUGGCUGACUGGCUGGCUGGCUGACUGACUGGCUGACUGGCUGACUGGCUGACUGAUCAGGAAGAGCUACUGGUCUGUCUGGUGGAGAAGAGGGAGAGGUGAGACACUGACUGGCUGACUGGCUGACUGGCUGACUGGCUGACUGGCUGGCUGGCUGACUGACUGACUGACUGGCUGACUGACUGGCUGACUGGCUGACUGACUGGCUGACUGGCUGACUGAUCAGGAAGAGCUACUGGUCUGUCUGGUGGAGAAGAGGGAGAGGUGAGACACUGACUGGCUGACUGGCUGACUGGCUGACUGGCUGACUGGCUGACUGACUGACUGACUGACUGGCUGGCUGACUGACUGGCUGACUGACUGGCUGACUGACUGGCUGACUGGCUGACUGACUGGCUGACUGGCUGACUGAUCAGGAAGAGCUACUGGUCUGUCUGGUGGAGAAGAGGGAGAGGUGAGACACUGACUGGCUGACUGGCUGACUGGCUGACUGGCUGACUGACUGGCUGGCUGGCUGACUGACUGGCUGACUGACUGGCUGACUGACUGGCUGACUGACUGGCUGACUGGCUGACUGAUCAGGAAGAGCUACUGGUCUGUCUGGUGGAGAAGAGGGAGAGGUGAGACACUGACUGGCUGACUGGCUGACUGGCUGACUGGCUGACUGACUGGCUGGCUGGCUGACUGACUGGCUGACUGACUGGCUGACUGACUGGCUGACUGGCUGACUGACUGACUGACUGAUCAGGAAGAGCUACUGGUCUGUCUGGUGGAGAAGAGGGAGAGGUGAGACACUGACUGACUGACUGACUAAAUUCUGUAUCUUGACUUGAAAUAUGAACACACAAAAAUCUUGUUAGGAUAUGAGCCUAAGCUUUGGCACUUGAAACAACGGCCGCUUGUGGUGGAAUGAUAGAGUAGUUAAGAAGAAAAUAAAAAUGAUCUUGCCAAUGAUUAUCACAUGCCAACAAACCUUUCUCCACCCCUCCUCUCUCAGGGCCAACAUUGUGGUACAGUGUGAGAACUGGUGGAACUUGGCGAAGCAGUUUGCCAGCCGCAGCCCUCCCCUGGACCUGCUGUCCAGCUCAGUACAGAGGUCCCUCAUGAAGGCCCUGGUUCUGGGGGGCUUCGCACACAUGGACUCAGACACCAAACAGCAGUACUGGACCGAGGUGGGGAACCCUAUAGAAGCCCAGAGACCACACACACAUGGAACCCCCCACUCUGAAUCCCUAAAUGGAACUAACUCACACACACACCCCUCAAAGGACCCAGGGAAAUAGAGCCAUAACUGAAAGCUCUCAAGUGUAAUUUCCCUUCAGAUUUCCUCUAUAUAGUCCCUCUUUCCCCAUAGACUUCAGCUGGUAACAAAUUGUGAGAUCUCAAGUGUCUUUUCCCUGUAACUUCCCUUCCCUACUGUGGUGAUUCUGUUGAACCACUCUCCACAUAGACUUCAGUAGUAACAAACGGUGAAGCCAAAUUAUUUAACCAAAACCAUUAGAUCUCCCUAGAGUCUAUGGCGUGAUAAUGAUCCUCAUAAUGAUCUUGAAGGCCUUUGUAUAGUAAUGCAAGAUGACUCCAAAGCCAUUAGGAGAGAUCUAAGAAUGAGAUGGCAGCUGUCUUGACUUCCAGCUGCUCUGACUGUAGAGUGUUUACAGUACAGUAGCCCAUUAGAAAGAGGUGGGAAUGAAAAUAGCCCGAUCUUUCUCUCUUCAUCCUCUCUCUCCUUCUCCUUCUUUGGGGUUUGGGGCCACGUUACUGUAAAGCACUUUGUGACAAAUAUUGUUGAUUGAUUAGAUGUGAUUGAUUGAUCACCUCGCUCUCCCUCUUCCUCACCCUCCAGGUGCUGCACCCCCUCCAGCAGCGCUUCCUCAACCUGAUCAACCAGGAGAACUUUCCCCAGAUCUGUCAGGAGGAGAGUGUGAAGCGGGAGAUCGUCGCCACUCUGGAGGCGCUGUGUGGCAUCGCCGAGGCAACGCAGAUCGACAACGUGGCUGCUCUCUUCAGCUUCCUCAUGGACUUCCUGUCCAGCUGCAUCGGCCUGAUGGAGGUGUACCGCAACACGCCCGAGACCGUCAACCUCAUCAUCGAGGUGUUCGUGGAGGUCGCCCACAAACAGAUCUGCUACCUGGGAGAGGUGACGAUCGUUCUAAUAAUAACCACACGCUUUAUUAGAAAUCCCUAUACUUGUAUUCUGUCUAAAGCAAUUUAAUGGGAUAGGUUUGAAGUUUUAUUAGUCGUAUGUACAGGAUACGCAUGGUAUACACCGUCCAACGAAAUGCUUACUUACAGGUUCCUUCUUGACAAUGCAACAACAAUAAGAAAUAAUAAAAUAUAUUAUUAGCAAUUGUAAAUAAGAAUCUGGUAGCUGUGUGUGUGUGUGUGUAUGUGGGAGCUUUCACUGGGAAGACUAGAGUCAACAGCUACCUCUUCUCACUCUCUGCCCCCCCAGUCGAAGUCUAUGAAGCUGUACGAGGCAUGCCUGACUCUGCUGCAGGUCUACUCUAAGAACAACCUGGGCAGGAAGAGGGCUGAUGUGGCUGCUGAGGAGGACCAGUACCAGGACCUACUGCUCAUCAUGGAGCUGCUUACCAACCUGCUCUCUAAGGAAUUUAUUGACUUCUCAGACACAGGUGUGGACGGUGUGUGUGUGUGUGUGUGUGUCUACAUCUCCAACAUCCCCAAUGACGUCAGUCAGCGUUUUAUGUAUGAUAUUUUAGGUUCCUAGUUGGUUGUCAAUACUUACAAAGUCCUCUCUUGUGUUUGUGCGUUGAUGGUGGAAUAGAUGAGGUGUUCCGGGAGCAGGGUUCGGGAGCGGCAGGUCGGUCUGUGUCGGCUGCAGACGUAGUUCUGUUUGGGGUCAACAUCAUUCUGCCGCUCAUGUCUCAGGACCUGCUCAAGGUAAGACCCAGGGCCAAUACAUUUACAAUGCUCCCUUCCUUCCUUGAAGUAUUUUUGAAGUAGUGAUCUACAUAGUCACUGUACUACAAAAUGUUGUUUAACUGGUUUGUCUCUGUGUGUUUCCAGUUUCCGUCUCUGUGUAAUCAGUACUACAAGCUCAUCACAUUCAUCUGUGAGAUCUUCCCUGAGAAGAUCCCCCAGCUACCAGAGGAGCUGUUCAAGAGUCUCAUGUACUCCCUAGAGCUGGGCAUGACUUCCAUGAGUUCAGAGGUCAGCCAGCUGUGUCUGGAGGCUCUGUCCCCCCUGGCCGAGCAGUGUGCCAAGACCCAGGAGAAAGACACGCCCCUCUUCAUCGCCACACGCCACUUCCUCAAGGUGAGGCAGCCCCCUCCUGGGAUUUCCUCCUAACUACAGGGUCUGCUUCAUUUCAUUAUGCUCAAAAAUAGGAAAUGUUUUGUAAUGGAAAAUCUCUUUCUCUCACCCUCUCUAGUUGGUGUUUGACAUGCUAGUACUGCAGAAACACAACACAGAGAUCACAGUGGCAGCGGGAGAAGCUCUCUAUACGCUAGUGUGCCUGCAUCAAGUGAGUAUCCUUUGCUUUUAUACUUUACAUUACAUUUACGUCAUUUAGCAGACGCUCUUAUCCAGAGCGACUUACAAAUUGGUGCAUUCACCUUAUAGCCAGUGGGGUAACCACUUUACAAUAUAUAUAUAUAUUUUUUUUUUUGGGUGGGGUAAGUGGGGGGGGGGGGGGGGUUAUCCUAUCCCAGGUAUUCCUUAAAGAGGUGGGGUUUCAAGUGUCUCCGGAAGGUGGUGAGGGAGCUUGUUCCACCAUUGGGGUGCCAGAGCAGCGAACAGUUUUGACUGGGCUGAGCGGAAACUGUGCUUCCGCAGAGGUGGGGGGCCAGCAGGCCAGAGGUGGAUGAACGCAAUGCCCUCGUUUGGGUGUAGGGACUGAUCAGAGCCUGAAGGUACGGAGGUGCCGUUCCCCUCACAGCUCCGUAGGCAAGCACCAUGGUCUUAUAGCAGAUGCGAGCUUCAACUGGAAGCCAGUGGAGUGUGCGGAGGAGCCGGGUGACGUGAGAGAACUUGGGAAGGUUGAACACCAGACGGGCUGCGGCAUUCUGGAUGAGUUGUAAGGGUUUAAUGGCACAGGCAGGGAGCCCAGCCAACAGCGAGUUGCAGUAAUCCAGACGGGAGAUGACAAGUGCCUGGAUUAGGACCUGUGCCGCUUCCUGUGUAAGGCAGGGUCGUACUCUCCGAAUGUUGUAGAGCAUGAACCUACAGGAUCGGGUCACCGCCUUGAUGUUAGCGGAGAACGACAGGGUGUUGUCCAGGGUCACGCCAAGGCUCUUUGCACUCUGGGAGGAGGACACAACGGAGUUGUCAACCGUGAUGGCAAGAUCAUGGAACGGGCAGUCCUUCCCCGGGAGGAAGAGCAGCUCUGUCUUGCCGAGGUUCAGCUUGAGGUGGUGAUCCGUCAUCCACACUGAUAUGUCUGCCAGACAUGCAGAGAUGCGAUUCGCCACCUGGUUAUCAGAAGGGGGAAAGGAGAAGAUUAGUUGUGUGUCGUCUGCGUAGCAAUGAUAGGAGAGGCCAUGUGAGGAUAUGACAGAGCCAAGUGACUUGGUGUAUAGCGAGAAUAGGAGAGGGCCUAGAACUGAGCCCUGGGGGACACCAGUGGUGAGAGCACGUGGUGCGGAGACAGAUUCUCGCCACGCCACUUGGUAGGAGCGACCUGUCAGGUGGACGCAAUCCAAGAGUGAGCCGCGCCGGAGAUGCCCAACUCGGAGAGGGUGGAGAGGAGGAUCUGAUGGUUCACAGUAUCAAAGGCAGCAGACAGGUCUAGAAGGACAAGAGCAGAGGAGAGAGAGUUAGCUUUAGCAGUGCGGAGAGCCUCCGUGACACAGAGAAGAGCAGUCUCAAUUGAAUGACCAGUCUUGAAACCUGACUGGUUUGGAUCAAGAAGGUCAUUCUGAGAGAGAGCAAGAGAGUUGGCUAAAGACGGCAUGCUCGAGUUUUGGAGAGAAAAGAAAGAAGGGAUACUGGUCUGUAGUUGUUGACAUCGGAGGGAUCGAGUGUAGGUUUUUUGAGAAGGGGUGCAACUCUCGCUCUCUUGAAGACGAAAGGGACAUAGCCAGUGGUCAAGGAUGAGUUGAUGAGCGAGGUGAGGUAAGGGAGAAGGUCUCCGGAAAUGGUCUGGAGAAGAGUGGAGGGGAUAGGGUCAAGCGGGCAGGUUGUUGGGCUGCCGGCCGUCACAAGUCGCAAGAUUUCAUCUGGAGAGAGAGGGGAGAAAGAAGUCAAAGCAUAGGGUAGGGCAGUGUGAGCAGGACCAUACUUCCCACACACUAGAAUGGCGCCGGGGAAGAUGGCUGCCGUUUUACAGCCCUCUAACCAAUUGUACCAUUAUGUGUGUUUUUUCGCGUUAUUUGUAAUUUAUUCUGUACAUAAUGUUUCUGCCACCGUCUCUUAUGACCAAAAAGAGCUUCUUGAUAUCAGGACAGCGAUUACCCACCUCGUAUUGGACGAAGAUUUUUUCAACGAGUCGGACGCAAAGGAUAUCCUACAGACACCCGACAAGGCCCAAAUCCCCGUCAUUCGCAUGAGAAAGAGACAGAGAUAUCGUGGACGUAGGUCGGGGUGCCUUGUAAGCAUCCGACGGCAAGCGAGUAAACUGCCUCUUCCAUCAAUCCUAUUAGCCAAUGUUCAAUCAUUUGAAAAUAAAUUGGACGACCUAAGAUUAAGGUUAUCCUACCAACGGGACAUUAAAACUGUAAUAUCUUAUGUUUCACUGAGUCGUGGCUGAACGACGACAUGGAUAACAUAGAGCUGGCGGGAUAUACGCUACAUCGGCAGGAUAGAACGGCUGACUCCGGUAAGACAAGGGGUGGCGGUCUGUGUAUAUUUGUAAACAACAGCUGGUGCAUAAAAUCGAAUACUAAGGAAGUCUCGAGGUUUUGCUCGCCUGAGGUAGAGUAUCUCAUGAUAAGCUGUAGACCACACUAUUUACCAAGAUAGUUUUCAUCUAUAUUUAGAGGCCGGGGACUUUAAUGCAGGGAAAUGUUAAAUCCGUUCUACCUCAUUUCUACCAGCAUGUUAAAUGUGCAAACAGAGGGGAAAAAACUCUAGACCACCUUUACUCCACACACAGAGACACGUACAAAGCGCUCCCUCGCCCUCCAUUUGGCAAAUCUGACCAUAACGCUAUCCUCCUGAUUCCUGCUUAUAAGCAAAAACUAAAGCAGGAAGCACCAGUGACUCGGUUAAUAAGGAAGUGGUCAGAUGACGCAGAUGCUAAGCUACAGGACUGUUUUACUAGCACAGACUGGAAUAUGUUCUGGGAUUCUUCCAAUAGCAUUGAGGAGUACACCACAUCAGUCACUGGCUUCAUCAAUAAGUGCAUCGAUAACGUCGUCCCCACAGUGACCGAAUCUACAGUUGAAGUCGGAAGUUUACAUACACUUAGGUUGGAGUCAUUAAAACUCAUUUUGCAACCAUUCCACUAAUUUCUUGUUAACAAACUAUAGUUUUGGCAAGUCGGUUAAGACAUCUACUUUGUGCAUGACAAGUCAUUUUUCCAACAAUUGUUUACAGACAGAUUAUUUCACUUAUAAUUCACUGUAUCACAAUUCCAGUGGGUCAGACGUUUACAUACACUAUGUUGACUGUGCCUUUAAAAAGCUUGGAAAAUUCCAGAAAAUGAUGUCAUGGCUUUAGAAGCUUCCGAUAGGCUAAUUGACAUCAUUUGAGGCAAUUGGAGGUGUACCUGUGGAUGUAUUUCAAGGCCUACCUUCAAACUCAGUGCCUCUUUGCUUGACAUCAUGGAUAAAUUUAAAAGAAAUCAGCCAAGACCUCAGAAAAAAACUGUAGACCUCCACAAGUCUGGUUCAUCCUUGGGAGCAAUUUCCAAAUGCCUGAAGGUACCAAGUUAAUCUGUACAAACAAUAAUACGCAAGGAUAAACACCAUGGGACCACGCAGCCGUCAUACCACUCAGGAAGGAGACGUGUUCUGUCUCCUAGAGUUGAAUGUACUUUGGUGCGUGUAAUGAUGUCAUGUCAUAGUAUUGUGAGGACAGAGGAAGAGUUAAGAGAUGAGUGGUUUGGGGCCAUGAAGUCUACAUUCCAUUAUGUCAAGGUAGAUUAGUGAUGUUUAGGAUAGUGACUUGGGGUAAAGAGUGAUGAACAUCAAAGACAGGGAGUGCCCAUGGAGACUUGCCAGAUGUAUGCCAGGAAGUUGGUAAUAAAGGGUAUAUAAGGUAGAGUGUCUUUGUUCAAGUUAGUUCAACUGACGAAGGGCAAAGCUAUGUCCGUUGGUUAGAUGAACCCAUGAGCUCGUGAUUCAAUAAAUACUUGGUAUGAAACCUCCACAGAAUGUCUAAGUAUAUCCUUGCAUCCUUGAUUCUUUGAUACCUGAGAAACUCAUCAUAACGGUGCGAAAAGUGCAAAUCAAUCCCAGAACAACAGCAAAGGACCUUGUGAAGAUGCUGGAGGAAACAGGUGUACAAAAGUAUCUAUAUCCACAGUAAAACGAGUCCUAUAUCGACAUAACCUGAAAGGCCGCUCAGCAAGGAAGAAGCCACUGCUCCAAAACCGCCAUUAAAAAGCCAGACUACGGUUUGCAACUGCACAUGGGGACAAAGAUCGUACUUUUUGGAGAAAUUUCCUCUAGUCUGAUGAAACAAAAAUAGAACUGUUUGGCCAUAAUGACCAUCGUUAUGUUUGGAGGAAAAAGGGGUGCUUGCAAGACGAAGAACACCAUCACAACCGUGAAGCACGGGGGUGGCAGCAUCAUGCUGUGGGGGUGCUUUGCUGCAGGAGGGACUGGUGCACUUCACAAAAUAGAUGGCAUCAUGAGGAAGGAAAAUGAUGUGGAUAUAUUGAAGUAACAUCUCAAGACAUCAGUCAGGAAGUUGAAGCUUGGUCGCAAAUGGUUCUUCCAAAUGGACAAUGACCCCAAGCAUACUUCCAAAUUUGUGACAAAAUGGCUUAAGGAUAACAAAGUCAAGGUAUUGGAGUGGCCAUCACAAAGCCCUGACCUCAAUCCUAUAGAACAUUUGUGGGCAGAACUGAAAAAGUGUGUGCGAGCAAGGAGGCCUACAAACCUGACACAGUUACACCAGCUCUGUCAGGAGGAAUGGGACAAAAUUCACCCAACUUUUUGUGGGAAGCUUGUGGAAGGCUACCCGAAACGUUUGACCCAAGUUAAACAAUUUCAAGGCAAUGCUACCAAAUACUAAUUGAGUGUAUGUAAACUUCUGACCCACUGGGAAUGUGAUGAAGAAAUAAAAGCUUAAAUAAAUCAUUCUCUCUACUAUUAUUGUGAAAUGUCACAUUCUUAAAAUAAAGUGGUUAUCCUAACUGACCUAAGACAGGGAAUUUUUACUAGGAUUAAAUGUCAGGAAUAGUGAAAAAACUGAGUUCAAAUGUAUUUGGUUUAGUUCCGACUUCAACUGUACAUACCCCAAACAGAAGCCAUGGAUUACAGGCAACAUCCACACUGAGCUUAAGGGUAGAGCUGCCGCUUUCAAGGAGCGGGACUCUAACCCGGACGCUUAAAAGAAAUCCCGCUAUGCCCUCCAACGAACCAUCAAACAGGCAAAGAGUCAAUACAAGACUAAGAUUGAAUCGUACUUCACCGGCUCCGACACUCGUCGGAUGUGGCAGGACUUGAAAACUAUUACAGACUACAAAGGGAAGCACAGCCGCAAGCUGCCCAGUGACACAAGCCUACCAGACGAGCUAAAUCACUUCUAUGCUCGCUUCGAGGCAAGCAACACUGACGCAUGCAUGAGAGCAUCAGCUGUUCCGGAUGACUAUGUGAUCACGCUCUCCGUAGCCGAUGUGAGUAAGACUUUUAAGCAGGUCAACAUUCACAAGGCCGCAGGGCCAGACGGAUUACCAGGACGUGUACUCCGAGCAUGCGCUGACCAACUGGCAAGUGUCUUCACUGACAUUUUCAACAUGUCCCUGACUGAGUCUGUAAUACCAACAUGUUUCAAGCAGACCACCAAUAGUCCCUGUGUCCACGAACACUAAGAUAACCUGCCUAAAUGACUACCUACCCGUAGCGCUCACGUCUGUAGCCAUGAAGUGCUUUGAAAGGCUGGUCAUGGCUCACAUCAACACCAUUAUCCCAGAAACCCUAGACCCACUCCAAUUUGCAUACCGCCCCAACAGAUCCACAGAUGAUGCAAUCACUAUUGCACUCCACCCUGCCCUUUCCCACCUGGACAAGAGGAACACCUGAGUGAGAAUGCUAUUCAUUGACUACAGCUCAGCGUUCAACACCAUAGUGCCCUCAAAGCUCAUCACUAAGCUAAGGACCCUGGGACUAAACACCUCCCUCUGCAACUGGAUCCUGGACUUCCUGACAGGCCUCCCCCAGGUGGUAAGGGUAGGUAACAACACAUCUGCCAUGCUCAUCCUCAACACGGGGCCCCUCAGGGGUGUGUGCUCAGUCCCCUCCUGUACUCCCUGUUCCCCCAUGACUGCAUGGCCAGGCACCUCUCCAACACCAUCAUUAAGUUUGCAGAUGACACAACAGUGGUACUCCUGAUCACCGACAAUGAUGAGACAGCCUAUAGGGAGGAGGUCCGAGACCUGGCCAUGUGGUGCCAGGAUAACAACAUCUCCCUCAACGUGAUCAAGACAAAGGAGAUGAUUGUGGACUACAGUGGGAAAAAAAGAAGACUGAGCACACCCCCAUUCUCAUCGACGGGGCUGUAGUGGAACAGGUUGAGAGCUUCAAGUUCCUUGGUGUCCACAUCACCAACAAACUAUCAUGGUCCAAACACACCAAGACAGUCGUGAAGAGGGCACGACAAAGCCUAUUCCCCAUCAGGAGACUGAAAAGAUUUGGCAUGGGUCCUCAGAUCCUCAAAAAGUUAUACAGCUGCACCAUCGAGAGCAUCCUGACUGGUUGCAUCACUGCCUGGUAUGGCAACUGCUCGGCCUCCGACCGCAAGGCACUACAGAGGGUAGUGCGUACGGCCCAGUACAUCACUUGGGCCAAGCUUCCUGCCAUCCAGGACCUCUAUACCUGGCAGUGUCAGAGGAAGGCCCUAAAAAUUGUCAGACUCCAGCCACCCUAGUCAUAGACUGUUCUCUCUGCUACCGCACGCCAAGCAGUAUCGGAGCGCCAAGUGUAGGUCCAACUGGCUUCUUAACAGCUUCUACCCCCAAGCCAUAAGACUCCUGAACAGCUAAUCAAAUGGCUACCCGGACCCUCUUUUACGCUGCUGCUACUCUGUUUAUUAUGUAUGCAUAGUCACUUUAACUCUACCCACAUGUACAUAUUACCUCCGUUACCUCGACUAACCGGUGCUUCCACACAUUGACUCUGUACCGGUACCCCCUGUAUAUAGCCUCCCUACUGUUAUUUUAUUUUACUGCUGCUCUUUAAUUAUUUGCUAUUUUUAUUUUUUACAUAUCUAUUUUUUACUUAACUUUUGUUUUUUUCUUAAAACUGCAUUGUUGGUUAAGGGCUUGUAAUUAAGCAUUUCACUGUAAGGUCUACAACUUUUGUAUUCGGCGCAUGUGGCAAAUAGAAUUUGAUUUGAUUUAUCUUAGUCUUUUGAUUGGCUAUGGUGAUGUAUGUGGAUGUUGUACCUCCUGUCGGCCUCAUAUGAUGACGUAAUUCCCUAUCCUCUCUCCUUCCCUCUCGCCAGGCGGAGUACAAGGAGCUGGUGGAGUCUCUGCUCGCCACCCAGCGAGAUGCCGUCAUCUACCAGCGACUGGCCGACGCCUUUAACAAGCUGACAGCCAGCAGCACGCCGCCCAGCAUGGACCGCAAGCAGAAGGUGGACUUCCUCAAGAGCCUAGAGGAGUUUGUGUCCAACGUAGGUGGGCUGCUCUGUGUCAAAUAACCACCAAACUCCCCUCCUCCCUAGCACCUAUUUCUAUGUCCAACCCGCUCACAGACGAUCUACCUUGACCACAUCUGACCACGCCAAACCAUGAAACAGACACAGACAGACCAAGCUGAGGAGCUGCACUGUUAGACUGUGACAUAAAGGGGGGAGGUUGAGACACUGAAGGGAGCAGUGGUGUGGACUGGACUAUGGUGUCGUUUGGGCAGGUUUCCACGCCUGCUCCUCCCCCUAUCCCCUCCUUUUUCAUCAGAGGCCCCCAGCGCUCGUAUACAGUGAGGGGAGGGGGGAUCAGAGAGGGAUGGACUCAUCCACUCAUCCAAUCAUUUUUUAAGUUUGCCAGUGGGAGGGUUGGUAUGAACACAACAGGAGGAGGUGCCAAUCUGUUCUGAGAACGCUAUGCCUCUCCCUGCCUCUACACCCUAACCCCCUCCCCCUCCCAGAGUGCCUUUGUUUUCUUGUUUGUGUCGUGUGUCUGUGUGGCCAAGCUGAGACGUGUCUUACAUACAGCAACGACUGUGCCUGUCACAUACCAAGAACACGGUGGAAGCACGCACACACAAAUCUCCAUGACAACGAGAGGCUUGAUCCCGCCACCGGGUUGCUGAACCUGUUAAACGGGAGGUCCGAUGACAAAAAAACGAAUCACUUCAUGUUCAUCAAGGGUGUAUAUAUGUUUUCAAAAAAAGUGGAAAAAUGUAUGUUUAAAACAAUGACUGAAAAGUUUUUAUAAGAUGAUAGAUGGAAGAGAAGCUGCAUUUUUAUGGUUAUGAGUUCACUUUAACAAAAAAGAGGGUGAAUUUGAAAACGUUUUAUUCAAUUUCUUUAUCAUUCUAGAUUGUAGUUCUAUUCUCUGCCACCCUUUGGCUCCCUAGAACCAUUUCAGUCCUGACUGCCCACAGCCAAGACACAGACAAUUGGAGGCCUUAGGCCCUUAGGAAGGUUGGGCCCCUGAAGUUUAGCAUACUCUCUCUAGUUGUAUUUUUCUAUGCCACAGCCACUCUUUCCACUUCAAAACACACUGGAUGGAAGUUCAAGUCCCUAUAACUGAAGAAAGCAAUAAUGAACCAAAAAUUGAACAAAACCACUUGUUUUAACCAUGCAUUUGAGACGGACUCACUCCCUUCCUCUGUUUAGACCACAACCCUGGUUAUUUUGGAAUGCCUGAAUGAAUUGUAUUGAAAUGUAAAAGUGUACAUAAACGUAUUAUGUAAAAUAUUUAGUUUUUCCUCUUCUGUUUACAUUGUUUUCAUUUUUGUCCAUCUCAAUUUCCUGUUAUACAGAAUAUGGAAAAAGUUCCAUAUUCCGUUUUGAUCGUGGUUCUUGAAAACAUAAAAUCCAAAGUGCUUUCAAUAUCUCUGAAAUAAAA